AUGCCUGGUACUCAAACCUGUAUUCAAAACUCUCGUUGGACUGUUGUAAACUUAAAAAAUGCGUUUCAAGCCGAAGGUCCUUGGGAGUUUGUACUGGGCAACAAUUCAAGAUCUUACCUUAACCUCAAGCGAACCUAUCUAGUCUAUACCUUUAAUAUUACUGAUCAAAAUGGAGCUAUUGUGAAUAUACCUAAUCCCAUCACUAAAGAUAGCUUGGUUUACGCCCCAAUCAACAAUAUAGCUCACUCUAUUGUGAAAAACUUUUCUCUUCACAUCAACUCCCAACUGGCUUAUCAUAACUCUUCAAAUUAUGCUUACAAGGCAUAUUUCGAAAAUGCACUAAUGUAUGGAAAAGAAAUUAAAAACUCUACUCUCACUGCAGCAGGAUAUUUCCACGAAGAUGAAAUUGGCACUCCGACAAGUAAGGGAUUCCUUAAUCGUUGUGGUACCGGAACAACGCAAGUUGCCGCGAACAUUUCUCUCGAUUUGAUGAACCAACCACGGGUUUUGCUAAAUUCGUGUAAUGUGAAACUGACGGCAUACCCAAACAAUAGUGAAUUUUUGAUUGAGGCUUACAAUCAUGGUCAACAAAAGUUCAAAUUCAACGUCACUGAUGUUUAUGCUCUUGUCAAUGAGUUUGAUCUAACCGAUGGAUUGUCAAACGAGUUGGAGGCUGCAAUCAUUGAACACAAGAUGAUUCAGUACCCAAUGAUUUCCUCUCAAGUUCGCAGCUUUUACAUUGAUGGAGGGCGGUUUGACGCUCCUGCAAAUACUCUAUUUACAAGUAAAAUGCCGAGAAGACUCUUUCUGGGUCUAGUUUCAAGCGAAGCUUAUAACGGAUCGUUCGGAACAACACCGUUCAAUUUCAAACCGUACGGAGUAACAGACGUCCACAUUGAUUAUUGUGGGCAAACAAUCCCAGGACGUCCAAUGAACCUUGAUUUUGAAAACAACAAAUUUGUGGAAGCCUACGUUCAACUUCAGGAAACACUUGGUCACACUAGAAACAACUUUAGCUGCAAUUCGAUCGACAUUGGAAUGUUUAGAUCCAAAGGAUAUACGAUUUUUGGAUUCGAGUUGAGCCCUGUGGCUCAGGAUAAUAAUCUGUUCGAACUAGUUCGUCAAACAAACGUUAGCGUACGCCUCAAUUUCAAAAAGGAAACUCCACCAGGAGGUCUCUAUUGUGUCGUCUACGCCGAAUUUGAUCAAAUAUUUUCCCUAGACUUUAUGCGUAACCCUAUUGUUGAUAGUAUUGUUUAA